CCAUGCUUCCUGUGGUGUGGUCCACCUGAGAUUUGGAUCUGCCUCUUCUCGGGCUCAUUUCCUAAGAUGAUCCUGCAAAAUAGAUGGACGGCGUGGAUAAAACACGUGCAUCAUGGUGGGGGCCACGGAACUUUCCAGUAGCACACAGCACUGAUUCGCUACGCAAUCCUAGUCAAAUAACCCACGUCCUGUGGCACUGGAUCAGCUCCCACUGCUACAAAAGAACGAAGCAGAUAUCUACCGGCUUUUUAUGAUACUAGGCGCAUACUAGCCUGGUUCAGUCCAUCCUCCCCCUCCCGGCGCACCUGAAUAAUUCCAUCCCGCCUUAGCAGAUGGUUCACCCCAUCGCCGAGGCCGACGAGCGGAGCCCGUUUGGGCGUCUCUCAGAAUCAGAAUUCUAUGCCCGGCACUCAGUGUCCCACUCAUCAUCCAAAUUCGUCAAUCCCAGAGGCCUCCAGAUCUUCACCCAGUCAUGGAUCCCACUUCCCCCAAAGGAGAUCAUCGGCAUCGUCGCCCUCGUCCAUGGCUUCACCGGCGAGUCCAGCUGGUUCGUCCAGCUCACCGCAGUCCACUUUGCAAAGGCGGGAUUCGCCGCCUGCGCAUUGGAUCACCAAGGCCACGGAUUCUCCGACAGCCUUGAUGGCCUUGUGGCCCACAUACCCGACAUCCAUCCAGUCAUCGAUGACUGCAUCAGCUUCUUUGAUUCGUUCCGCGCUCAGUACCCGCCAUCGCUUCCAUCUUUCUUGUAUUCAGAGUCUCUCGGCGGUGCAAUCGCACUCCUCAUCCACCUCAACGGUGGAUCAAACCGCCCGUGGGAUGGAAUCGUGCUAAACGGAGCCAUGUGCGGCAUAAGCGCCAAGUUCAAGCCACCGUGGCCCCUCGAGCACCUCCUCUCAUUCGCCGCCGCCCUAGUGCCCACAUGGCGGGUGGUCCCCACACGCUCGAUCCCCGAUGUGUCAUUCAAGGUGGAGUGGAAGCGGCGGCUCGCCUUUGCGAGCCCACGGCGCACUGCGACCCGCCCGAGGGCCGCCACCGCGCUCGAGCUGCUCCGUGUGUGCCGUGAGGUGCAGGAAAGGUUCGAGGAGGUGAAGCUGCCAAUGCUGAUAGUCCACGGUGGCGAGGACAUUGUCUGCGACCCAGCUUGUGUUGAGGAUUUACACCGGCGUGCAGCAAGCAAGGACAAGACGUUGCGUGUAUACCCUGGCAUGUGGCACCAGCUUAUUGGUGAGCCGGACGAGAAUGUGGAGCUCGUGUUUGGCGAGAUCAUUGAGUGGCUCCUGGUGCACGCUGAACGAGCCGCUGCUCCGAACAAGGAAGCCAAUGCCACUUCCGGAGCAUCGGAAUCGUGAUCGGACCCCACCUAAAAUAAGUUCUUGAUGCAUGCCCCAGCGUGUGCAUGAGUGCGGGCAUGCAUUUGUUAGAUGGUGUAUGAGGUUGCUUAAGCCUCUGUAAUGUUUUUAUUCCGCUAUCUACAGACUGGGGAUUAACAUAGAAUGCUUAGAAUUUCUCGUGUUUGGUAACAUUUGAAUUGUAUCUCUGUUUGGAUGCACAGGUAAAUUGAAUUAGCGAAAAUUCAAUUUAAUCAAGAGAAGCAGAUGUCAAGUU